AUGUUGCUAUUAAGUCUUGUCCUGAUUGCUCUGUUGAGCGAGGCCACCAGAGCCUUGGGCUGCGCCAAUAACACGGCUUUAACGAAACACCCAGGAGACUGUGGUAAAAUAGCACCCAAAGUCGUGAUCAUCAGCAUGUUCACACCAGAAGCAGAAGUAUGGUACACGAAUUCGCCUAACAGUUCUCUCGGCAGCCUGCUCGCCCACAACAUCUCCGUGCCCGGGCUCUCCCCCCUAUUCCCCCACGUGCACUGCAACACACUCGGGGAAGUAUGCCAACUCACAAUGGGCGAGGCGGAGAUCAACGCCGCAACGUCCGCCACAGCAUUCCUCUUCUCUAACCUCUUCGACCUAAGCAAGACGUACUUCCUUCUGGCCGGCAUCGCCGGCAUAAGCCCGAAACUCGGCACGCUGGGCAGCGUCGCGCUAUCCAAGUUCUCCGUGCAAGUCGCGCUGCAGUACGAGCUCGACGCGCGCGAGAUGCCCGCUAACUUCUCGACCGGAUACCUGUCGUACGGCGCGUACGCGCCGGACGAGUACCCCUCGAUUUUCUACGGCACCGAGGUCAUGGAAGUCAAUGAGAACCUCAGAGAUGCCGCUGCUGAGCUCGCGCUUGCAGCGCAGUUGGCUGAUUCCGCGGAAAGCGCCGAGUAUCGCGCCUUAUAUAGUGCUAGUGGCGAGGUAUAUGCGGCUGCGACCGGGAGCCCUGGCGUUAUUAAGUGCGAUUCGGCGACUAGCGAUGUUUAUUACUCUGGCACUAUGCUGAGCGAGGCAUUUGAGAACACGACGAAGCUCUGGACGAAUCAGAGCAGCAUAACGUAUUGUGUUUCGGCGCAGGAGGAUACUGCCGUUUUGAAUGCGUUGAUGCGGGCUGCAGUCUGGGAUCUUGUUGACUUCUCGCGGGUUAUUGUGAUGAGAACUGGUUCUGAUUUCGACAGACCCCCGCCGUCAGUUAGUGCUUUUCAGCAUCUACGGCUUCUGGACCAAAACGGCUUCGACAUCGCGGUUAAGAACAUUUACCUGGCAGGAGUUGAGAUCGUAAAAGGUAUUAUAGCUGACUGGAACUCUUCAUACGAAGCUGGAAUCAAGGCGGAGAACUACAUAGGGGAUAUCCUUGGCACACUAGGCGGCGAACCGGACUUCGGUACGGGAAGCGUGUUUAGAGGAAUGGGUUUUUUGACGGGGUCAAGUACGGAAGUAGGCUUAUCAAAGAGGACAAUUUCCACAGAGAAAAGGGAUAGGAAGGCGGGUGAGUGGAAAUAA